AUGCGGAAGCAAAUCAUGACCAGUACCCAGAUUGUUGGGCACUCGAUGGCAUUGACGAAAGCGUCCUGGUUUGGCAAGCAGAUCGCAUCCUACCGGUACACCAGCGGUAUUGAGGCUCGAGUUGUCCCCAUCUCAGUGCCAUGGGCAUCUGUAGCUCAUUCCACUCCAACCAGAGACUCCGCGUUGCUCACGCCAGCGGUUAGUCGCCGCGGAACCUACGCUGUUGGCAGCAAUACGAACCAGGAGAACUGGAGAACAUCCAACAUUUCAGUCCACCCGGAGCUGCCCGAGGGCGGUUCGACCGAAGAUCUGUUGUGGAAGUUGAAUGCUCGGCGAAUCUUCCAGAACAUCAGCCAGCAUGGUCCAAAGAAGCUGCGUGCCUUGUAUCAUGUGGGUCGGGCUCUUAGCUUCGUCUUUUUGGCAGUCCAGGAGCUCCAGCGCUCGGAAAAUGAACGACGAUACGAUCGACGAAUGAGACAGCACGGAUGGUACGGCCCUCUGGAUGCUGCAAUCGACGGGGAUGGGGUGGAAGUGGUGGAUUUCAAUGGUUCACGACAGGGCGAAGGCGUGGGCGAAGGCCAUAACCCUGCGAUGAUGAGUCCUGAUGUGACAGUCCCUGUGAUAAUAAGCGGCGCUCUACCAGAGCCUCAGCCAUAUUCUAUGAACUCUCAGAACACGCUCCCUCCUUCUCCCUCACCUUUGCUUUCUUUCCAAGCGACAUCAACACCUCGCCACGCUGCCGAGUUCGCUCUCUACGAGGAGAUGGAAGAUGCCUUGGGCUUCCAGAAACAAGAUGAAGAAGUGUUCGCACUGGCGGCUCCGCAGGAGCAGCAGCAGCAGCAGGCCCAUGAAUUUCCGGACUCGGAGGAGGCUUCGGUCAUUCAACUUCAUUGUCCCGACCGUAUAUUGUCACUAUGCAGUAUGAACACCGACACCACGGCAUCCGCGCCAUCGCCGUCAUCUUCACCAUCGCCAUCACCUGUUCAUUAUACUACCCUCCCACUAACCCCAAAUUCAGCCGGCUGUCUGCGUGCCUACCACCGUCGGGUGAUGAUCGCCCACAAUAUGCAGAAAGCAGCAGCAGCACCACAACCACCACCAUCACCGCCACCUCGCUCGCCAUCGCCGCGUCUGCCUUGCGUGGGCAAUAUGGUAAGUCGCAGGAGAAAUGGGAGUGUUCGUGAAGAACAUAUCAGAUUCAUGACUUGCAUGCUGGCCGGAUCUUGGAGACAGAUGCUGGUACGCCGAGGCCAGGAAGUCGUUGUGUGCAGGGUAAACACUGCCCAUGGCCAGGAGAAAUUCGAUAGAAGCGCCAAGUUAGAAGCAGUUGAGAUUCGGAAGCUACCGACUCCCGCCAAGAAAUGCCCCUACGACGGAGCUCUAUACACACCAGAUUGUCAAUGA